UACGAUGACACGAAACUGAUACCGAUACUGAAACUGCAUGUGUGCGCUGCAUCGCAGCAGACUCAACUCACAUCCUCGUCUCGUCUCGUCUCGUCUCGUCUCGUCACAAGUAAUCGCAUUUCUACCUAAACGGGAUGGAACAGAGUACAGACCAUCGACACGAAACGCUCAACACGCUAUAUACAGGGACAGACAGGGACAGACAGGGAUGGAGAACAUCGCAGCAUGACCGGCAUCCGCAGGCCCGGCGAGAGGCAAGAAGAAAAAAAAAAAAAAAAAAGAACAAGAGUGCAAUCAGCCGGCCCACGCAGAAACCCAUAGAAUACAAGUCCAGGUCCAUCGGGAAGGGGAAGUCGAAGUCGAAGUCGAAGAAGUCGCAGGGAACAAAAAAACCACGCAAGAAUCCUAUCUAGUAAAAGCCAUAAGCCGUAAUGCAUCGUAAGACAUGGUAUGGUGUAUGUCGAGAUCAUGUA